AUGGCAGAAUCGAGUAAACACCUUGUCAAAAUGCGCCCAAAAAACGACCCGGGCUCCGUAAGUGAUACAGCACUUUGUUUCUUACCCAUCACGACAACAAAGCCCUGCAAUCGUCGCGACGUGGAGCUUCGCCUAGCAAGUGCCAGAUCUCAUUUAGCAAAAAUAUCACAUCGACGCAAAAAGAGUACCGUGAACGGGAAAAACGAGAUCAUCAGUGUCUCUGAACAAAUCGAUUGCCGAGAUCAAUAUCACCUCACUCCCACGUUAUUCUGCGUUGUACCAGACAGAAUCCUUAACCGACAUACUGCCAUGCUAUUACAAUAUUGCACACAGUCAUUUUGGCCAGGCUUUGAGACCGGAUCAGCAGCAUUCCACAUCCCUUCUUUCGCACGCGACUACAACACCCUCAUCUCGCAAGGACCAGGUCUAGUCCACGCUCUCCUAUGGUCCGCAGCCGUAAGCCUCAGCUACAGAAGAAACGUGAGAGUCACAGACAAAGACAGCUUGAUGCAUUACAAUCAAGCGUUAAGAUACAUAUCACAGGAUGUCGCACGUCCUGUGGAAGAGAUAUCAGAGCAAACCAUGUAUGCCAUUUUGAGCAUCACCGGCCCAGAGGUAUCACCGGAUGAUGGGAAUGGCAUCGUUAAGAGAGCGUUUGACCCACCGUUGGCGGAAUUGUCCUGGCUACAUGUUUAUGGCAGGAGGCUUCAUAUUGAUGCACAUGCAAUGGCAUUGAUACGGAUUGUUGAUCUGAAAGGUGGGAUCCAUAAUCUCAAGUCUUCAGAUUUCCAGGCUUCGUUCAACUACAUGGAUCUUACACGAGCUUCGCAGAGGUUGAUCAGGCCACAUCUCCCUGUCUCUAUGCUAUAUGGCAAAGUUAGAGAGACCCAUGAUAGAAGGAAACUCUUUGGCUACGCGGGCGACCUUACUCCCGCGUCAUGUACCGAUAUGACGGAAAGUAUACGCAGGUUGAGUGAGCUUGGAUUAUCAUCGGAUCUGGAAGAGGUCAUCCUCGACAUGAGGGCGUGGGUCCAAGUCAUUGAAGGUUACCAAUUUGGCUUUUUGACAAACCAUGACUCUUCACUUCUCACUGCCCACCGAGAUCUCAUACAACAACGAUUACUUACAACUCUUCCCAAAGAAGAAGAUGUUGUCAAUAUCGCUGUUAUUGAACAAGGUGGAGGUGCCGGUAGUAAACCUGCGGAGUGGAUCAACGAACUUGUACAAACAGCAUUGCUUAUAUUCUCAUUCGGCGUCACUUUCCCGAUCCCAUAUGCCCCGCCUUAUCAUCAGCUGUCAAAACGACUCAAGACUCAACUCGAACAACACAUGGAUCAAGCUCUUGAACUACAGCUUUUUGAUCUCUUGACAUGGCUCGGUAUGUUGGGUGUACUCUGCUCUGAGCAAGUCAGAAGCGAUCUUAGAGUCUGGUUCGUCUCUUUCUUAACCGCCGUAGAAACAAACCGCACAGGUAUAUCCGGUACAAGGGACUGGUUAACGGUGGUUACAGGGUCUUUGAAGCCAUUUUUAUGGUCUAGGGUGUCUUGCGAUACAGCGGCAGAAGAAGCAUGGAAGGAAGUACAAGAAGGCUCAAGAGGUUGGGAAAGGACGGCUUGGUCAGGAAUUCUGGGAACUAUUUGCGGAUAG